AUGCCGGUCAGUUCGAUGGAAGUGCUCUUUUCGGGCACAAUCGAUCGCUGCCUCCAGAAACCAUUCUCCAGAAUCGCCACGAAAAACGGAAAACUGGUGGAAUGUGUGCUCAACUCCGUUUGGAAUCGCAGCGAUCCGAUCGACGACGCCGACUUUCAAAUGGGCGAAUUUCCGGAAAACGUCGAGCUAUUCGGUGAAUACUUCACUUUCCAUUAAUUUAAUGUCAAAUUUCAGUGAAUUUUCUGAAUAGUAUGCAUUUGACAUUCUGGGAUUUGGCUCCGAACGGGGUCGACGCAGUCAUCCAUCGGUAG